AUGAAUUCGAACCCGCACUUCGAUCCGGCCACCAUGAUCGACCUGGCCGGCGCCUCACCCGGCCGAACAGAAGACAACUUCGACAUUUUCGAGUGGUACCCAUGCUAUCAGAGCUGCCAACGCUACUUCCUCGACCAUGCGCAGCAUAGCGUCCCCGUGCAAGCGCUCUCCGCAUUCCUGAACAUCCGACUCCCCUUCCAGCGCCAACCACACCCAGUCUUCAACUCUACGCCGGUGUCAUCAGCAUCGUCGUCUGGUCAAAUCCCCGCCACCGGCCUCCCACCCCCCGGCCCACCGUCAGUUUCAUUGAUCCCGUACCUCCGCCGGCUCGUGGCCACGGGAAUGGACUUCCCGGGCGUGUUGCACGGGUUUUUUGGCGAUGACUGGGGCAGCGGGGUCGGUCCGUUGCACGAGCAGGAGCGGCGCAAUUACUUGUUUGCCGCGAAGAGCGGCGGCUGGGCAUCCGUGAAAAAGGACUACGACAUCCAGCCAUUGGAAACCAUUCCCUUUCUGCGCCCGCUACAGGGACCCCUCGACGCCGAGAUCGAAGCCGCCGAACGCAGUUGGAGCGAGUGGCUCGCCAUGGAGGACUGGAUGGUUGGCCCGCGCGCUCCGGAUAUUCUUCACGACUCGUCCUCGCAGAACUCGCGGCCACGAAGUUCACGCGACUGA